AUGGAAAAUAUCGGAUCUACAAGUAUCAUUGAACAUAUCCGACCCGGAGUCGUUCUCAAGCAGCCGAUCGAGUUCCAGACCAAAGAACUUGCAGAAAAGGUCGACCUCUGCUUUUCUGUCGAGCCGCUCAUACUCCAGAAACUUGGACAGCACCCAAGAAUUGUGAAAUAUCUCGGACAAGAAGGCCGUGGCCUACUCCUCGGCCAAGCAAGCCACAGCAAUCUUCAAGACUAUAUCGAUAACAAUCCUUCGAUUGACCUGCGCCAGCGUAUAAUAUGGUGUCGGCAGUUGACCGAAGCUGUCUCUUAUAUUCAUAGCCAUGGCGUGGUCCACUCCGAUCUUCGACCUAGGAACGUCCUUGUCCAUGAAACUGCCCCAGGUUCUCGGGACUUGCUGCUCUGCGAUUUCGGUGGAUCUACAUGCGAUGAAUUAGGUCUGGAUGGAGGCUGCCUUCCUGACGGUCCGUUUUACCAUCCUGUUUUUGGACUCGAGUCAACCCCAGCUCUCGACAUAUUUGGCCUUGGGUCUCUCUUUUACACCAUUCUGACUGGGCGCUGGCCUUACAGAUCUUCCUCUGGGCCACCCAAAACAAUAGAUGAUAAGAUCGCAUAUGAGAAGGAAGUCGCUGAGGCGUUCAACCAGGAAAGAUACCCUGAUCUGACAGGAGUAAUAGGAGGCAGUGUGAUUUUAGCCUGUUGGAUGAAGCAAUACUCGACAGCAGAGGAGGUUCUGCAUGCUUUACGAAGGGAAAUGCCGAUCUUCGAGGACGGGGCAGAUAUAAAGCAGGCUGAUCCCAUCUCGAUCCUCUUUCGAGUAACAAUUCCCGUUGCGGUCCUGAUAGUCUCCACAUAUGUAUUUUUACGGCAACGGCCACAAUAA